CGGAAGUCAUCUCAUAUCUCAGACCCGCUGCUUUCACUUCCACCCAUAUUAUCGCGCAUUAGCGCAGCGUUGCGUUGGAUUGCUGGUGACAUCCUAUCAAUUCAGCUGCUGUAGGGGUUCACACGGAUAUGCAAGAUGAAAGAAAACUUACUUGGAAUGCUUUUCCUUUUGAAAUAUUGCGUUUGCGACAAUGUGCGCUUUGGUGGAGACAUAAAAAACUUUGUAGUUGGUAACAGUAAGUUGUAUGUUGUUACUGACCAUCGACUUCAUCAGAUGAGACACGACCUAUUUAUAGAAAAAACUAAGGAAUUCAAUGGGACACAACCUAACUGUACACUUCUGGUGCCUUUUGAGGCGAAUGGCACCCUGAUCACGUGUGGAACAUCAAACGGUUUAUAUUGUGAAGUUCUUGAUCUCGGUGAUAUUACAAACACUAUUUACUGGGAAGGCAAAACAACUUUGCCAAAGAAUGAGACAUCCGUGGCGUUCAUAUUGGAUACAAGUCCUAAUAACAGCCCUAAUGGUGCAUAUCUGUUGGUUGGGGAAAAGGAACGUUCUUUAAAUAACCGUUAUACUAUUGUCACCCUGUGGAGCACUUUACAUUCUCAACCAGGAUCCAUUUUUUCUACAUCAGGUGAGCGAGCAACUCCCUACAUUCACACAGAAAGAGACGUGGAGUUUAUAGACGGGUUUCAGAUCAUUUCGCGCAAACUCUCGUACCUGUUUCUAAACGCGUUGACUGAGUCGGGAUGGAAAGCGUACGUCCUCAGGCUGAAUAACGCCAAAGGAAAAAAAGAAGAAAUCAUCAGGGACUUUAAAGGUAGUACGUUAGAAUGCUGUAGUGAUAAAGCUCGUCCUCUUCUCCUCGCAUCGGCUCGUAUUCCAUCAGAUAAGGCUGUAUUGUGGACAGGUGUCUUCAGUGCGCAAAACGGGGACGAUCCAGAGAACAAUGCGCUAGCUGUUUACGACAUCAGUAAUAUUGAUGGCACAGUUAAUAGUUUCUGCACAUGGAUUAAAAAUCCACGUGAUGCGAAGAAUGAAAAUGACCCUAAACAUCAGCCAUUAGCAGUAGUUUUCAAGUACAAGUCAAUAAGCUCAGUGGCAGCAGUCAGGGAUGGAUCCUGGAUUGUGCUCUUCAUGGGAACCACUGAUGGACAACUGAUAAAGCUUGUGUUGGAUGAGAGAUUCAGUCCAGGCUGUCCAACAGUGCUCUACAGAUCUGAUGAUGAUCAAGAAUUUUUACCCAGAAUGCAUUUAGAUCCAGUAGAUUCCAAAUAUAUCUACAUAGCACUGAAGAACCAGAUCAGACGAGUGCCUGUGGUUCAGUGUGUUAAACACACCUCUCUGAGAAACUGCAGAGCUGCUUUUGAACCUUUUUGUGGUUGGUGUGUUAACCAGAGCAGAUGCUCCACUCAGAAUGAGUGUUCAAAGUCUUCAUGGGUGUCCUUCUCAAAAGACUCUCUUCAGAAACAGCUGAUUUCUUUUCAGGUGGCAAAGAAAUCACCAAGUGAGAUUCAUCUGAAUCUGGCCUUGAGUUUGGAGAGCACACAGAAUCCUGCCUUCUCAUGCAAAUUCACCACAGGAGGUGUGAACCUGUGUGACAGAUCUGAUCCUGCUGCAGUUUUUCCAAACUGCUCCUGUAGCUUUUCAGAUGACCGUCUGCCUACUGGAGGUUUGGAGGUCUCAGCUACAGUUACUAUCGGAGAUCAGAUGAUCACAGAGACCCUGAUGCUGAAGAACUGCCCCAGUAUUACAAAUAAUUCAACAAACUCUUCUUAUACACAGUGUGUGCUGUGCGCCUCUGCUGGAUGGCAUUGGUCAUCUUCCUUCAAGCGUUGUGACCGGACACAUGGAAAUGAGGCACAAUUUCACAGACUGGAUCCUGAGAUUCUCUCUAUAAAGCCGAAUAAGGUUUCUUUGCAUGGCAGAAACAGUGUUUUACUAACAGGAAGGAACCUGGAAUCUGUCACCAAAAUCCGCAUUCAAGGGGUUCUUGACUGCAUUCAGAAAGAGUAUCCAGUGUUUGAUCGGUCCAGUAGAAAUCUUAGGUUUCACAUGCCACCCGGUGUAACUAAAAGAACAAUGAAAGUUUGUGCUGUUGAUGAGGAUGGCCGUUGUCAUGGCAACAGCAUCAUCACUUACAGUUUCCAGCCCACCUGCACAGGAAUACAGCCCAAAGUCACCUGGAGAAGUGGUGGUAGAACGAUUCAUGUGCAGGGGACCAAUAUGGAAGUUGUGGAAUCAAUUGUUGUCCAUCCAUCCAAUAAAGAGCUCAGAACACAAUACAACACAAGCUCAAGGGACUUGUGGUUUUACACUCACCCUUAUGAUGGCAGUGAUACGAUCAAUUUGGUGUUACAAGUUGCAAACUCCACUUUAAACUGUGCAGAUUUGACCUACCAGCCUGAUCCUGUGUUCAAUGGAUUUACAACCACACAGCUAGACAAUGACAUUCUAGUGAUUAUAAAGAAAAAUGCAGAUAAGUUGAAUUUGAGUAUGAAGGAGUUGGACGUGUCUGGUCUACAGGAAGAUCAGGAAUAUGAGUGUGUUUUGGGAAGUAUUGCAUCUACUGCCAUUAUGUGUAAGAUUAAAGCCAUCAUUCAAGUGGACUCACUCACUAUCAGGGUUGGAAGAUCUUUUGUUCUCAGGAUGGGACAAAGCAGUAGAAAGUAUUUGUUCUGUCUCAAACCACAGGGCCCAUCUUAAAAAGCACGAAGGAGCAAUGAAAACGUGUUUUAAGACUCUAUAAUGUUUAUAUCAGGUUAUUUAAACUGUAAUUAUAAACGUGAACAUGUUUUCUGUAAUUGUUCCAUGUUUUGCUUUUGUAAUUAUCAUUUAGCUUUAACACUGUAAUGUGUUUUUUUUUCCGAUUCAGUGGGCAAUAAAAACCGUGUAGUUGCUUCAGCUGUUCUCCAAACAGCAGGUGGCGCUAUAUACUCACUCAACAAUUGCACAAAGAAUUAAAACACGCUUUUUUCAAGUUUUAAUUGUAAACUUUAACUUUUAAUUGUAAUGUUAUUUUACCUCUAGACCAUUCUGUAUGCAAACAAAAACAAAUUUUUCCCACAUUCACUAUAACACAAAGUGUUUUAGUUCUGCAAUAGGGUGCAUUUUAGAGUACAUACUAAAUUUUAUAUGACUUAAAGUCCUUCAGAUUGUUUUCUACAGUGAUUGACAUUUAUCCAUUUACUAGAUAAGGUACAGUGCUCUCUAGGUGUAUUUUAUCAGAGAACAGUUUUAGCCAGACUUUAUUUAACUAUAAUUUUACAGGUUCUCAUAGUGAUCACUGCAAGUUUUGUGACUCUAAAAUGUCUUGGAUUGAUUGAUGUCUUGGCAAAAGUUGGUUUCAAUUUAUAUUGUGCAUUAAACGUAGCUAAUUUAAUUCUUUCAAUCUGUAUGCUUUGUGAUGAAUUAAUUGAUGCUGAAACCCGUUUACUGUAAAUAGGUCUAUAUAACCAACUGUUUUAAAUGUGCUGUGAAACACAUAAUAUUUUGCUUAUCAAUUUGUAUAACAGAAGUAGCACUGAGAGCAUUUAAAUAAAAAAAAGGACUCAAUACCCAACUAACCCAAUACCAGAGACACAAAAACUCAGUCUGCUCUACAGUAUAUAAGUGUAAAACACAGCUCAUCUGUAUUAGACAUCUUUUCUUUCUGGUUUCUAAUAAUAGGGUAACUUAAGACACAGUGCAAAGUAUUUUUGAAACAAGCAGCUAAUUUAGAGAACUCAUUUACCAUCAUUAUUGUGCUAGAAAGCCAAUGCAAAUGCAAAGACAAUAGCACGAAUACACACAUUUACACACACUCAUACAAUUACAGAUCAUAUUUUUGGAGACAAUCCAUCAGGCGGUGACAAAAAUAAAGGUAUGGAGAUUGCUAUCGCUAUGGCAACAAUAAGAUUCACAUUCCUGAGUUCUCGCGUUGUGGAAGAAUCAAUAGCAUAUUACCCACUUUAAUGUUCCAAGAAGCCCAAGACGCUUUCCAGUAGGUAAAAGCCACUUCGUAGUGCACUCAGAUGCCUCCAAAACCUCAAACACAGAAACAGGAGUGAAUGACAUCACCCACAUUUUUUUAAUAUUACAUCGUUUAAGAAGGGGUGUUGAGAGGGGUACAGUUAUAAUUCAACGUUUCUGUUUUUUUAAUGUGAAUAGGGCCGAUUCUUGGUUUCAGGUUAGCAGGAGGAACGCAUCCGUAGGAACGACAUUCAAGGAAUCCAGGCAUCAUUCACAGAAUUACACUGCGCUCAAACACGCAGAUACACACAAAUGGUUGCACACCCCUCAAUCACAGCGGAGAAGGAUGCAGUUUUAAACUCUCAGAAAUGAACCCUGCUGGGGCUUGUGGGAAAAAGGCAUCUGCUUCCAAUAAGCCCGGUUAAUACUUGUUUUCUGGUAUUCUACGGAGAUUUCCCAGAAUCCUUUCACAGUUCUCACUCUCAGAUGAAGUGCCACAGGCUGUUAUUGUGUCAUUGUGAAUGAGAUUUAUGUCCUGGAAUACAAGUAUAUAAUAUAUAUAUAUAUAAUAUGGGAACAUAGAAAAAGGGUAUAUAAACAGAAAAAAACAACCUGUGUUAGGGACCAUGUUCAAGGAUUUCACUAAAUAAUAUUUAGGCUACUCAUUAAGUAAAUGUCAUACUUAAUGAGAAAAUAUUACUACACAAAUACACAGCACAUCUCUUUGUACUCCCUGUUCACACAAAUAUGUGUGUGUGUGGAAGAGGUUAUAAAACACAACAGCCUCAACAGCUUGCAUAAACCCUCCAGCUAUCAUGACAGGUGUGUGCAAAGGUAUGCUGUUGAACAUUAUUAAACGGCUCGUUGGAAUGCUUGAUUCUGAUUGGACAGUCGCGACAUUUGCAGGUUCGUUAUUCCCAGAUAACAACCCCUCAAUACUAAUAACACACGGUAAACCCGGGUGCUGCAAAUCAUUUUGACAGGUACAGUUUAAUAUUACACAAAAAUAAAUAUAAAUAUCUUUUAAUAACAUGACAUUAUAUUUACAAACGAUUAAACCAAAAUGCCUGUUCGUGACAUUUACGUCGUUUCUUACCUUAAAACCCAAAGUAAACAGCUUUUCGUUGCGGAAGGUCUGCAUUCAGUAAAACUAGCUAAUAAAAUAUUUAAAAAUCGCAUUUCAUGUCCAGUUUUUCCUCAUAUGGCAAGUAGCCGUGUAAAAAGCGGUAUAAUGUAUAAUGUACUUUCUGUUAAAGUCCAGAACGGCCGUCCCACCGAUGGCCUAUGGCCGUGACUAGGGGCGGACCGGCCAUCUGGAGUAUCGGAACUUUUCCCGGUGGGCCGCUAAUGUAUGGGGCCGGAAUGGACGCAACGCGAAGACAUUAGCGAG